AUGGCGUCCAAGCUCUUGCUUAUCAUCGUCUUCAUUUUCGAUCUCAUUGCAUUUGGUUUGGCGGUUGCUGCUGAGCAGAGAAGAAGCACGGGAACAACAAGGGAAGACAGUGAGAAGUAUUACAACUUUUGUGUUUAUGACUCUGAUAUUGCCACUGGGUAUGGUGUCGGUGCAUUUUUGUUCCUCAUGGCCAGUCAAAUACUUAUAAUGGUUGCUAGUAGAUGCUUUUGUUGUGGGAACCCAUUGAAACCCGGAGGCUCAAGGGCUUGCGCGGUGCUUCUCUUCAUAAUGUGCUGGGUAACAUUUUUAAUAGCCGAGAUUUGCUUGCUGGCUGGCUCUGUGAGGAAUGCUUACCACACCAAGUACAGAUCAAGGUUUUUCGAUAAACCGCCAUCUUGUGAGACCGUGAGGAAGGGAGUUUUUGCAGCAGGGGCAGCCUUUGUUUUGUUUACUGGGAUAUUAUCCGAGUUCUAUUACGUCAGUUAUUCCAAGGCUCGUGGAGGUUUUGGGCCCCAUGGAGGGGAAAUUGGAGUCGGCAUGGCAGCAUACAAGUAG